UCUCACUAACUGAUAGCAACAUUGAGUCUCGUCGCGACAGUUUUCUCUCUUUGUUCUCCCGAUAAAGAGUGUGUUUUCUCCCGCAGUUCUGAUCCUCCAGAGCCUCGGUGUGUCCGGAUGAACUCUCCGAGUUUACUCUGAUCUGUUCGGCUUCAUCUGGAGCUUCUACCUUACCGAAUACCGAAGUUAGCUUAGCAUGCUAGCUGGAAACACGUUAGCAACUGUGUGAGAGUUUGAUGAAGAAAAAACAACACAAUUAAGUGUGUGUGUGUGUGUGUGUGUGUGUGUGUGUGUGUGUGUGUGUGUGUGUGUGUGUGUGUGUGUGUGUGUGUGUGUGUGUGGGGUGUGUGUGUGUGUGUGUGUGUGUGUGUGUGUGUGUGUGUGUGUGUGUGUGUGUGUGUGUGUGUGUGUGUGUGUGUGUGUGUGUGUGUGUGUGUGUGUGUGUGUGUGUGUGUGUGUGUGUGUAUAAACAUGAGUGUUGUGCUGCUCUCGUUGGUGAAGCAGAGACUCUCUGCAGCUGCUGAAGAGAUCUUUGCUCUGUUUGAAAGAACGAUAUCAGAGUACGAGGAGAAACUGUCUCGAUCAAAAGAGGAACACGAGAGAGACCGGAAACUACUGGACGCUGUUUUACAUUCUCAGAUCCAGAGGACAGGAUGUAGAAUGAAACAACACCGGUUUUAUCCAUUGUGUAUGAACGCUUCAGCUCUUCAGACCAACAUAGGAAGAUAUGUCCAACUGGUGGAGGUUAAAGAAGAGUUUCCCCCUGAGACCCCCCCACACAUGAAAGAGGAACAGGAGGAACUCUGGAUCAGUCAGGAGGGAGAGAAGCUUCAAGGGCUGGAGGAGGAUGAUAACAGCAAGUCAACAUUCACUCCUGUCCCUGUGAAGAGUGAAGAUGAUGAACAGAGACCUCAGUCCUCUCAGCUUCGUCAGAGACAAACAGAAGCUGAUGGAGAGGACUGUGGAGGACCAGAACCAGCCAAGAACUCUGAUCUAGAGACACGUUUACAACCAGAGACUGAGGACAACCCUGGAGACUCUUCAGAACCUGACACUGAAGACAGUGCCGGUUGGAAGGAGACCAGAGACCCUCCGUCAGGUUCAAACUCUCGAGUCCCCGUCAGUGAUUCAAGGCGUAGUUCUGCAAAUAAACGCUGUAAAUGCUCUCAGUGCGGGAACACAUUUACCAAGAAGAGUGAUCUGAAUCGACACAUGCUAAUUCACACAGGAGAGAAACCCUUCAGCUGCGCACUGUGCAGUAAAAGGUUUAUUCGCAGGUGUCAUGUGACGAGACACAUGCUAGUUCACACAGGAGAGAAACCCUUCAGCUGUUCACUGUGCAGUAAAAGGUUUAUUCGCAGGAGUCAUGUGACGAGACACAUGGAAGUUCACACCUGAGAGAAACCAUUCAGCUGCUCAGUUUGUGGGGAACCUUUUACACAAAGUGAACAUUUACAGAUUCACCUGAGAGUCCAUGAAGAAGAGAAACCAUUCAGCUGCUCUCUGUGUAGCAACAGAUAUACACAGAGAGGGGAAUUAAACCUUCACAUGCAGGUUCACACCGGAGAGAAACCCCACGGUUGCUAACAGAAGUGGAAGAUAUUUACUCAGAUGUCAAAUCAAAUCAAGUUUUAUUUAUAUAGCACAUUUAUAAACGAUUUUUCGUCGAGCCAAAGUGCUGUACAUAUAAUAAAAAUAGCCUACAGUAGAGACACUUUACAGCAAAUACAACAGAUGUAGUCCGAACACUUGCAAGUUCACACUGAGGAGAAACCUUUCAGCUGCUCCGAUUGUGAUAAAUAUUUUUAGACGAAGUGACAUUUCAAAGAUUCACAUGAGAUUUGGAGGAGAAACGAUGUGGCUGCCGUGUUGGUGAGCAAGGAUUCUCUUGGAUUUAUGAACUCAGAAACCGUCAAAAUGCCAAACGAUAAAUAACGUCUAACUUUACUGAAUACAAAGGACAUCUGGAGAGUAUGACAACAUGACUUCUACUUGAACUGAUGCUCUAAAUAUCUUGUAAAUUAUUUACUUAAAUGUGCAUUUUUUUUAAGCAUCUAAAAAUAAACCUGCUUUUUAUUUUGUAUUACUUUACACAUCUUAGAUUUAAGAAUGAACAUAUGUCAAAGGAAAACUUUUGUGGUCAACAAAGUAAUAAAAGGCAAAUGAAUAAAUAAAA